UCAUGCUGCUGCCAGGUCCAGAGUCUCUCAUGGGUCCCUGUACGGCCUCCCAUUGCUGCUGUCUCCAUCGCCACACUCUGCCAUGUGCCACUUUCAGGUCUCCUCACACUCCUGCUGUUUUCCAUUUUGUCAUAGGUUGCUGGCAGAUUACAGGCCCCAUAGGUGCUGCCAGGCCCCAAAUCUGCCAUGGGCCCCCGUACCGCCUCGUCACGCUGCUGCUGGGUCCACAGUGUGACAUGGGUCCCUGUACCGCCUCCCAUUGCUCCCACUCUGCCAUGUGCCACUUUGAGGUCUCCUCACACUCCUGCUGGUUU